AUGAGAUCCUUCGUUCGGCCGGGCGCCCUGGCUGCCCUUGUAGCUGCGGCAGAUGUCGCCGUCGCACAGCAGAGCCCGUUUUCCAUCGCAUCAACCAGCGACAUCAAAAAGACAGCAGCCACCGUCGCCUGGGAUAUGCUCCAGUACUACCAUGGCAAUGAAUCCGGCCAGACGCCCGGUAUCCUGCCUGGCCCUCCGCCUGCUGGCGAUUACUACUGGUGGGAGGGCGGCGCAAUGUGGGGGACGCUCAUCGACUACUGGUACCUCACGGGAGACACGACGUACAACGACCUCACCAUGCAGGCCAUCCAGUGGCAGACGGGGCCCGACGACGACUUCCAGCCGCCCAACGUCACGCUGUCGCUGGGCAACGACGACCAGGGCUUCUGGGGCAUGACGGCCAUGCUGGCUGCCGAGGAGAAGUUCCCAGACCCUCCGGCCGACAAGCCGCAGUGGCUGGCCCUCGCCCAGGGCGUCUUCAACACGCAGGCCAGUCCCGAGCGUCACGACGACACGUGCGGCGGUGGUCUCCGCUGGCAGAUUCCUCCCACAAACCCGGGAUACAGCUACAAGAACAGCAUUGCCAACGGCUGCUUCUUCAACUUGGGCGCACGCCUGGCUCGAUACACGGGCAACACGACAUACUCGGACUGGGCCGAGGACACGUGGGACUGGAUGGUCAAGGUCGGGUUCCUCAACAACGAUACCUAUGCCAUCUACGACGGCGCCGACGUGUCCAACAACUGCACGCAAAUCAACAAGGCCGAGUUCUCGUACAACAACGCGGUGUGGACUCUCGGGGCGGCCUACAUGUACAACCGCACCAACAGUGCCACGUGGAAGAGUCGACUCGAGAAGCUGGUCGACCACGGCCUCGAGACCUUCUUCCCCGACGGCAUCGCCUACGAGCCGUCGUGCGAGGGCGUCGGUACCUGCUCCACGGACAUGCUGUCGUUCAAGGGCUACAUCCACCGCUGGUAUUCCACCAUGACGCAGCUGGCGCCCUUCAUGGCGCCCAAGGUGCUGCCCGUGCUCAAGACGUCGGCCGAGGCGGCCAUCAAGCAGUGCACGGGCGAGCCGCUGGGGCGGCAGUGCGGCUUCAAGUGGAACACGGGCAAGUACGACGGUAGGACCGGUGCCGGCCAGGAGAUGAACGUCGUGGGCGCCGUGUCGUCGCUGCUCAUCAACGAGGCCGCCGUGCCGGUCACGGGUGACUCGGGCGGCACGUCCAAGGGCAACCCCAACGCGGGCAGCAAGCCCAACAGCUUCCAGCGGCCGGAGACGCCGGUGACGACGGGCGACAAGGCUGGGGCGGGCAUCAUCACGCUCAUCAUCAUCGGGUCGCUGUGUACGACCCUCACCUGGAUGAGUAUCGGUGCCUGA